UAAAUAAGACUAAUUAAAUAUUUAUAUUUAGAAUAAAAGAAAGAAAGUAAUCGCUUAUAAAAAUAUACAUAUACUAUUAGUAAGCAUACGCAUAACAGUGUGCCAUAUAAAUGUUUAGUCAUUUUCAUAAAAAUAUGUACAAGCGACCUGCAAUAAAAAACAUAUUAAGAUGUUGAAAUUGCAAUUCAUUCAAAAUAAGCAAUUAAAAAGACUUUUGGAACAUGGUACAUAUCUUACCAUAAUAUUUGUGUUAGUGCCAGCUUUUCUGUAUUUUGAAUUGGUUGUAGUUCUCCCUGCAACAGUAGAAGAAUGGAGUUUCCCAUUCUUUGUACAUUUAGCAUGUGCAACAUUUCUUCUAAUGAAUAUAUUAGGAAAUAUGAUUUAUGGAAUGUUUACUGAUACAAGUGUAAAAGGGAGAGUUCUGGAUUUUGAAAACAAAGAGAAUUGGACACUGUGUGCUGUCUGUGAGUGUUUUAGGCCUCCUCGAGCCUGGCAUUGCAAUAAUUGUGAUUUAUGUAUACUGAAAAGAGACCACCAUUGCACCUUCUUUGCCUGCUGUGUAGGUUACUAUAAUCAUAGAUAUUUUAUGUGUUUUACAUUUUAUAUAUUUGUUGCCAUGGUGUAUGCAUUUUAUUACAAUGUUAAAUUUUUAGCCAUAUUCUUAAAAUGGAAUAAUGGCUUGGUUAUUGGAAAAUUCCUUUUUCCUUUGGCCUGUUUUGUAAUAGAUUUUGGUGACGAGACUGUUUAUGUGUUUCUUGUUGAAAUCAAUUUUAUAGUUGCUAUGUUUACUGGAUUUCUCUUCUUUUAUCAUUUUAAUAAUCUUUUAAAGGGAAAAGUUACACCUGAAAUUAAACACAAUUCUAAAGAAGUAACAUACAAUAGAGGCCUUAAACAGAAUGUAAUAGAAGUAUUUGGGUCAAGGUGGUAUUUGGUAUGGUUAUCACCAUAUUUCAAAAGCCCAUUGCCUGGUAACGGUAUUGAAUGGAAUGGUGAAGAUAAGUGUAAAUAGUUUGUUUUUAUUGUUAAUCAGGUGCAGCUAAAAUAAUAUGAUGUAAAAUUUUACAGUUUUUUUGGUUUUACAUGAAAGUGUUGUACUUAAAUAAUUAUAUUUUACCAUUAAGUCUAAAAGUAAUGUCACACAUUACAUUAAGCUAUACAUACAAAGAUGAUAUGGUUUCGUUUUAAAACCAAUAUAUUUUAUUAAAAUUAUAAAUAAGUCA